AAUUCUUAUUCUGACCCUUUCCAGCUUUCGAAUGGGAGUCACCGACCCCAUCUAAAAACAUAAAGGCUAGAUCUUUAUUGCUCUAGGUUUGUUCAUGAAGAUGAUCAUUUGUUUUUGUAUCUUUGGGCUUCUACAUUGAAGAUUUUUGGUAUUUUGUUUAUGUGCUGCUCCAUUAUUGACUUGUAUAGGGAAAAACAAUAAACACGUAAAAAUGAAAUAAAAAACAAAUGCUCUGUAAGGCUACAAAUGUAUUGUUUUAUUAUUCCUCAUCUUUCUAUUCAGCCCUCUCCUAUUCAGAUUCAAAUCGAUGCACGGUUGCUAUAGUAAUUUGGACCCUAGCAACCCACUGCUGAAUAAAAAGCUAAAUAAUUCCAAAAUCAAUUGCAAAUUGUCUGAGAAUUUCCCUCUCUAUAUUAUACUAACAGUUCAAUAUGUUGUUAAAUUGUGAUGAUUUUGUGGUUGCAGCGAUGCACAAUAAGUGUUACAUGAGCGUGCUGCUUGCCGUACUUGCCGCAAUAUCCCUGUGUCGGCCAAUGACGGAUCUCCAAUCGGCACAUGAUGGAUCUCCCAGGAAGACUCCCGGCACCAGUUCGGAGCUGAGCAGACGGGACCUCCUGGCCUCCCUUUCCCAUGAGCAGAGGCAGCUCAUCUCCCAGCUUCUCCCCCACUUGUACACAGACCUGAGCAACAGUCAAACCCAUUUCCACCCCGUGCAGGACCGCGACUAUGCCGGAUGGAUGGACUUCGGCCGACGCAGUUUGGAAGAACCGGAGUCUUAAAUAUCCCCCCAUUCCGUUAACUUUACUAACCAGGGUGCCCCAUUAAGGGGGUUCCAUUAAGAAUGUGGUUCCGCUCAUGAUCCGAUGGGUUUCCUUCUCGAGGGACAAACGGGAGGAAAACUGAAAUAUUCCCAAUAAAGUAACAACCACGUUUGAA